AUGCGUCUCCUCGGGCUCCUGCUGCUUCUGGCCGCCGGCAGCGGGCUGCAGCCGCCGGAUCAGUUCACCAACCACUGGGCGGUGCGGAUCCCGGGGGGUCCGGGGCAGGCGGACACGGUGGCGGCCAGAUAUGGAUACAGGAACCUGGGACAGAUAGGAAGUCUGAAGGAUCAUUACCACUUCCAUCACAGCAGAGUGGUCCGCCGGGCCCCGUACUCUCUGAGGGGCCCCCACAGCUUCAUCCACAUGGACCCCAAGGUGGACUGGGCCGAGCAGCAGGUGGUGAAACCCAGAGUGAAGAGGUCGGCCCCGAUCGACCCCAGCCCCUUUCACUUCAACGACCCUAAAUGGGCCAGCAUGUGGUACAUUCACUGCAACGACAGACGCAGCCAGUGUCGCUCCGAGAUGAACAUCAUGGCCGCCUGGCGGAGAGGAUACACCGGCAGGAACGUGGUGAUCACCAUCCUGGACGACGGCAUCGAGAGGAACCAUCCAGAUCUGCUUCAGAACUACGACUAUCUGGCAAGUUACGACGUGAACGGGAACGACCACGACCCCACGCCUCGAUACGGCUCCCGCAGUGAAAACAUACACGGGACUCGGUGUGCAGGUGAAGUGGCAGCAGCGGCCAACAACUCUCACUGCAUCAUUGGCGUUGCCUACAACGCUCGCAUCGGCGGGAUUCGGAUGCUGGACGGCGACGUGACGGAUAUCGUGGAGGCCAAGUCUCUGGGAAUCCGACCCGACUACAUCCACAUCUACAGCGCCAGCUGGGGACCCAGAGAUGACGGCAAGACAGUGGAUGGCCCGGGGCCGCUGACCAAGCAGGCUUUUGAGCAAGGCAUCACAAAGGGCCGCCGAGGCUUGGGCUCCAUUUUUGUGUGGGCUUCAGGUAACGGAGGUGGUCAGGGGGAUCACUGCUCGUGUGACGGCUACACCACCAGUAUCUACACCAUCUCCAUCUCCAGCACCACGGAGAAUGGAAACAAGCCCUGGUAUCUGGAGGCCUGCAGCUCCAUCCUGGCCACAACCUACAGCAGCGGAGACUUCAAUGAGAGGAAGAUUUUUACCACCGAUGCGUCGCAGCGCUGCACCGACGCCCACACUGGCACGUCUGUCUCUGCUCCCAUGGUGGCCGGCGUCAUCGCGCUCGCUCUGGAGGCCAACCGCUUACUGACGUGGAGGGAUGUGCAGCACCUGCUGGUGAGGACGUCCAGACCAGCUCACCUGAAGGACGAUGACUGGAAGACCAACGCUGCCGGACGCAGAGUCAGCCACCUGUACGGCUUCGGCCUGGUGGAUGCAGAGGCCAUGGUGCUGGAGGCUGCCAGGUGGAGGACCGUUCCUCCUCAGCACACCUGCACACAGAUGCCAGAGCGACGGACCAGACACAUCCAUCCUGGUCAAAGCCUGAACAGCAGCGUUUUCACCUCUGGAUGCUCGCAAGACCCCGAGCAGCACGUGGACCACCUGGAGCACGUGGUGGUGAAGGUUCUGCUCGUCCACCCGCGGCGAGGAGACCUGGAGAUCCACCUCGUCUCCCCGUCUGGAACCAGAUCGCAGCUGCUGGCCCCCAGAUUGUUUGACAAUUCCAACAAGGGCUUCAUGAACUGGGAGUUCAUGUCAGUGCAUUUCUGGGGUGAAAGGUCAGAGGGCAUAUGGACCCUGGAGAUCACCGACUCACCAUCAAAGCUGCGCAACCCAGAGGUGUUUGGGAACCUUAAAGAGUGGACUCUGGUCCUUCACGGCACGUCUCAGGCCCCCGACAGCCCUCAGCUCUCUCGCUCAAGGAUGCUGAAGGUCCCGGUCUCAGAGGAGAUCCUGGAGGAGCCUGAAGUCCAGGAGGAGGAGUACAUUGGACCGUGUCACAGUGAGUGUGGAGAGCGGGGCUGUGACGGACCGGACGCUGAACACUGCCUGAGCUGCGUCCACUUCAGCCUGGGCAGCCUGAGAAGCGGCAGAGCUUGUGUGAGCCACUGUCCGCCGGGACACUACGAGGACGCAGCAUCUCGCCGGUGUAAACGCUGCUAUAAGGGCUGUGAGAAAUGCUCCGGGCCGUCAGCCGGCGACUGUCUCUCCUGCCGACGAGGCUUUUACCUGAACACGCUCAACUCCAGCUGCACCGACAUCUGCCCUCCGGGAUGCUUCGCUGAUGAAGAUCAGAGGCAGUGUCUGAAGUGUCAGGACGGCUGCCGGACCUGUCUGAGGCUCGCAGACCGCUGCACCGCAUGCCGUGGAGGCUACAGCCUGGCGGGGAUGACGUGUGUGCCUGAAUGCACCGAUGGGACGUUUGUCCGUCUGGAGGACAUGACCUGCAGCCGCUGCCAUUCGUCCUGCAAGACUUGUACAGGGCCGGGCAGGGAGGAGUGCAUCCAGUGCGCCGAGGGCUUCCUGCAGCAGGAGUGGCAGUGUGUGCAGGCGUGCACUCCCGGGUUUUACUCUGCAGAGGCAGAGGGAGUGCCGCACAGGAUCUGCCAGAGAUGUGAAGAAAACUGCCUGAACUGCAGCGGCCCUGGAACGAGCUGCACUCAGUGCAAAGCAGAUUACAGUCUGAUCAGAAAGACCUGCUUAGUGAAAGCUUCCUGUAACGACGCCGAGGAGGUUUUCUGUGAGACGGUCAAGUCCAACCGUCUGUGUGAGAGGAAGUUUUACCGCCAGUUCUGCUGCCGCACCUGUCUGAUGAACGGAUGAGGAUCCGAUCACACAUUUCCUUCUUCUCAAGCAGCUCCAGGACUAAAAGGCUCUAGUCUGAUCAAACUUCAGUGAGCCACUGUCAUUUCUAUCAGAAAGACUAUAAUUUGUGUUGUUUGUUAAACAGCUGGAGAGUCUCACUGGAAUGAAGCUCUCUCUUUAUUUUUAUUCAACUUGCAGAAGCCAAAUGUGAUUUCCAUACAUCAUUUUCUGUAUUAAGUGUGUUUGCUGAAUGUAUAUUAACACAGUUCACAUCAUUGAAACUGUUUUUAGAAGUUGUGUGAUGCUGAAUGUCACCAAACACUAUUUUUAUUCUUGUAUUUAAAGAUUAUU